CCAGCUACCCAACUAAAGAUGGCGGAUGAAACAUCCACUGGAAAUCGACUGUGGAAUCUUCAGGAACGCUUGAAGCAGGAGCGACUGUUUGUCAACAAGGAAAAAGCCGAAAUAUCGAACCUCAAUGCAGAAAUACUGUCGAGCUGUGAAAGGCUUUAUCACUUGUCGUGGACAACCCGGCAACAAUGGAAGAUAGUGCAGCGGCUAAGGGCUUCACCCGAAGAAUGUGGCCAAGCAGUAAAUCGGCUGGAUUCAGCACGUUUUGUUGACGCUUCAAGGCAUCUUGGCUACUUGGAGUCAAAGUAUUGGGAUUUUUUAAGAGGUCUGAGAGAAAAUCCCUCCCUUGUAGCGUCGACUUUGGCGUACGCCGACAAAAUCAAUUUAGACACUUCACAGCUGAUUCGAUUGUUGUUGAAUUCUCUGUAUGGUAACUGUUUGCUUCCUCAGGAUGAAAACUAUGUUUUAUCGCUUAUGAAACGCUUGAUCGAGCUUAAAGUCUCGGGAGACGAAGGGCCCGAAAAUUUCUUUCAGAAUCACAGGAAUUCUUUUACGUUACUCUUCGGGAUUUUAGUAGAGAGCUUAUUCUCCACGAAGUUGUACCUGACUGCUGCCUUGCAUGCACCUAUCAUGCAGGUUCUGUCCGAUGAUUCCCUCCUCAAGCAACGAUUGCCAGUUAAAUGUACCAAAUUUGUGGAAAACCUCCAGUCCAAACUGUACUGUUUUCCUCAAAGCCUUCGCUGGAUCGUUUGUCAGUUUUUCAACACCGUAUCAUUAAGUGGUAAGGUCAAUGAAAAAGAAGCAAGAUCCAUGGUACUAAAGCUCUUGUUUGAUUUCCUCGUGUGCCCUGCAAUCAUUAGACCCGAGCAGUUCGGCAUCACCUCCGAUGUCCAAAUCAGCGAAGUAGCAUUGCAGAACCUGCAACAGAUUGCUUCUUGUUUGCUUUGCGGCUGUUCGACGGAAAGUGCUGAAAGUGCAAGAUCUUUAGACUUAUUCUCAAGAAUCGACCCUGUAAGUAUUUACUUCAGCUUGCGGUUUUAUUUUUUACACAGAUUUCUGUUUGUGCUUAUUUUAAAGUCUAAUACCUUAGCAAUACUAGUUGAUCCAUAAACUGGUACACAAAUUAGAUAAGAUUCAAUUUUAUUCAUGAUCAUUCUGCAAAAACAGGUCAUUAAAAAAAAUACAUCUGAACAAAUUAAUAUUCUGUGGAGGAAGUUAUAUUAAGGUGAUAAACUAAGCAGUAACGUUAAGGAAGUCUCGAUCUUUUUACCCAAGAACUGCAAAAAAAAAUCUUACUGGUAGAACUCUGUCUAAAAAUGAAUUUGAUGUCUGAUUUUCCAACAUUUUUUUGAAGGUUGACCUUACCUAGACUGUUAUUUCAAAGUUGCCAAAACAGGCACGUUCACAAUUUGUUUUUAAAAAAAAUACUUCAAUCACACCAGAAUUAAUUUCUCUUACAAAUUUAGUGAGCCCAGAUGGUUUAAAAAAGCUGAAGGACACUCAGACAAUAGUUUUAAUAAAAUAAUAGGGAUUAUUUUGAAUUGAUAGGGCUACUGUAGCUCAUACAUAGUACCAGCUCAACAGGCUCAAACAGAGAUUUUUUGUGACUUAAGUUCAGGGCCCCAUUGUUCAAAGACCGAUUAGCGCUAACCCGGAGUAAAAUUUUAGUCCGGAUUUCUUUUUCUUUCAUUCAAAAGCAUUUUCUCCAAUAAUUUCUCUAUUCUUUUUAGAGCAUCCAAUCAUCAAAUUGAAGAGAAAAAGAAUUAAAAUGAAUUUCUGCCUUUAGCUUUCAUAUCUGAAUUCAAAUUCCCCACUAACCCUGGGUUAUCUCAACCCAGCUUUGAACAACCCAGUCCAGGAAAUUAAUUUUAGAAAUAGUAACCUCUUAGAACAUAUUAAUGUCAGUCACUUGUGUAAAAUAGUGGCUAUCUCAUGGGUCACCUGAGCUACUCUUUACAAUCUUUUGUUCGACAGAAGAUCUUUCUAUUUUUCACUAGGCCAGGAAAGGAAGCUUUUCGAAGCAAGACUGACAAGUAUAUCUUGCUGUUUUGUAGCGACCUUUCUCUUCUGUCACCUUUUGUUUUCAUAGGCAUGCAUUACGUCAUAUUUAGAUGCUGUGCUGGAAAACAAAACAGAAGUUGCAGAUCUUCCUAUUCAAAAGACACUUCCUGGUCUAACCCGUAACUCAGUUCUAAUCACAGAGAAUGAACUCCAUGCCUUGGUAAGUACAUACAUGUAUGUGUUGAAGUUAAUUUUUUAUUUCAGUUAAUUUUUAUUUUUCCACUGUUUUGGGGUAUGGUAAUGUAUGCUAAUGAAUUUAAAACAAAGGAAAAACAAAAAUUAACUGAAAUUAAAAAUUAAUUGCAACAUAUGUAUUACAGAAAGCAGUUUAUUUUUGGUGUAGUCAAAAGUUAGAGUAGGAGGGAAUCCCCCUUUGAUGUGUUCUUAUCGUAUGUUCCAGUCUGAAAUCAUAUGGAUAUAGGUUGAGUACAAGGCACCUUGAAUGGAACCUUGCAGUCUCAUUCCUGCCCUUCCCCUGUGUACACAUCUGGCAUGAUGAAAUUGGGAUCAAUAAUCUCUUAUCAGUUCUGAGUCUCUCCGUGUUUUUUUAGUUACCAAAAUUAUUUAGCUUCAGACUUUACUUAUUACUAGACCAAAAGUUUUCUUGCUAUCAAACCACAAGUGGGUAAAGGCACAUUCUAUAAGUUUUAAGAGCAAGUGGUAAAACCCUGAUUGCUGGAUGUGUUGCAUGUGCCAGUAUGAGAUUUAUUUCUGUGCUGGUAUCAUUCCAUUCUCUGCAGACCAUCCCAUAAGACUUUUUGUACAACUUAGUAAAACUAACUUAUUUCAAUAAAAAUUUGUCUGUUUCAAAGACGAGCUUUUUAAGGAUGGUUGAGCACAGUGAAGACCACAGGAUUAUCGUCAACCACAAAGAGUUGAAAGAGUUACUGGUUAACUUGCCUCCCCAACCUGACAUCCUUGAGGCCACGCCCCCUAAAGAUCGGCUCAAAGAUGUGGCAAGUAAUGACUCUGCACCAGAGCAAAGUCCAAAGCCACCAAAACGACGACAUUUUAAAAAGAAAGAUAAACAGUCUCACAAGCAAAGUCUACGUGAAGUUCAAGCAGGGGAAACGGAGGGCAAACUUGAAACAAGGCAGACGUCACAGUUUAAUCCACCAGCUGUUGUGAACAGAUCUGAAGAGUUCAAGAAAGAGUUUCUCAGGAGGUUACCUUUUCUGUUUCAAGAAGGGGAAGAUGUCCUAGUAAUUUCUCUUGGUUAUUCAUCCAUUGAUUGCCCCGGAAUGCUCUCUGAAGAGAAGGUAAUGAUAAUAAGUUAGGUGAUAUUAGUGAAUUGAAGCAGGGUCCUCAAUUGAAUUUUGUACAGCCAUUGCUGUGCAACAUACUAACAGGUGUAACCCAUGGUCAGCUUUUCAGCCAGCACGUUUCGCAUGUGGAAAGAAGACAUCUGCAAGAGGCCUCGGCUGAAAUGUACAAAUUCAAUAAUUUUAUGUCGGCCAUGUUUCAAUGUUGCAGAAACAUUGCAAUGCACAACAAUUGUUUGGUCAUUCUGUGGUCUGAUGACAGGCUAUUCAUUCCAACAACUAAAACCAAAGAAAGGUACAUUGCAAAAGCAACUAACAGUCAAUACUUUACAUGUAGUCAUUUACUCAAAAAGUCAUUCCUUUAUUUGAAUUUAAUAGACAAAAUUGAUCCACUGGUCAAUGGGUUUUGACAGCCAUAAUGCUAACUGAGAUACCCAUGACAGGUGUUAUGGGUUACAGGUUCAUUUAAGAACCCUGUGGAGUACAGUUAUUUGAAGAUUUGAAAAAAUGGCUUAAUAGUGAAUUUUCCUUGGUAAAAGGAAUCAAAAGUUGACAAUAAAGUAUUUAAGAACUAGCCCUUUGUCAGAAUGAAUCCCACUUUGAUGAACAACAAAUGCUAUGGAGUGUUGGCUUUUGAAUUGUUUCAUAGUGGCCAAUAAUAUUUAUCAAUACUCUAUUCAAUACAGUUGAUAAAUUGAUUUUUUGCAUCAAUCCCCUACUGAUGUAGCACUACGAUUUGGUACUUAAUACAUAAAUUCAAGGUAAAUAUGCUGGUAAUUAGCCAGUGAUAAUAAAAUUUUAAAGUUACGCACUGCUUGUGGUUUACGGUAAUUUAUUUUCUGCUAUGUUGUGGCAAUUUGUGCUUAAGAUAGUGAGUUGACACUUGAUACACUUAAGCUGCAGCAGUGCUAUGGGUGCUUUACCGAAUAACUACAACUUUUUGUUGUUCAGGUCCUUGGCAUUAAAAAUCCAAAGAAUGAGGUAAAAACAGAUAACUCAUUCAGAAAGAGAAGCAGUUCAAAGUCAACCCAAUUCUACAAGGAAAUAAAGUCUGUAAUGAGGAAGGAGAGCCUGGAUUAUCGUUCUGAUCAUGGAAGUGGUGAUGUCACUGUCAAGGGUGAUCCAGCCUCUUUGGUUUCUACUAAUGUUGGUGCAAAUGUACCAGAGCCUCUUCAUCCAGUGAUGGUAGCAGGGAUGGACCAUUUUGAUUUGCUGCACAACAACAUCAAAGAUAGUUUUACAGGAGCAGAUGUGCAUGCAGCACCGGAUGUGUUAGUGAGGACAAAUGGCACGCAUGCUGGGAGUGUUGAUUUGAUUGAUUUUGGUACAGAAAUAACACCUGCAUUCCGCGAUCAGCCUGAAGGAAGCCGAGAUAGUGCUAUCAGUACCAGCAGUAGCACCCGUUUGAGUUCUUUCAGUAGCAAUCGUAGUAGUGGGUUUGAGUUUAGCAGGGGUAGCAGCCAUUUUGAAGUAGGCCAUGACGAUAUAACGGAAGAAGAUUCUGGUUUUGACCUUCUUAGUGCUGAACGCAUAGAUUCACCCAGUUCUGGAUUUCGCCCUCGUUCCAGGGAGGUAGCUGAUGGAGUGAAAAGACUAAGUGCAGUAAGCCGUCAUGGAAGCACAAGUAGUGGGACAAUCACUGGUGCUCAAGGUGAGGGAUCCAAUCGUGAUAGUCAGGCAAGCUUUUUGAGUUUCAGCGAUGAUUUUCCAGCACAAAGUGGGUCCUCCAGUGCUGCUGAUGACGAUCGAGAGACAACUCAGUCAGGAAAGAAAACUUCUCGUGCUGCUUCCUUUAAACGCCGGUUCAAAAGAAAGUCCAAAAUUUCAAAAGGCUCCUUCAAUGGCGAGGAUGAUUUCAGUGAGCUCAGUGGUAAAAAGGACAAAGGUUUCUUCAAAAUAAUGAAGAAGGGACGCUCAGAGAAGGAUCAGAAAGCAUCCAAGACAAGUGGUGAAAGGGUGUAUGAGAAACUGGCCGAGAAAACACUUGAUGCAUUAGACAUUGAUGUUGAGGUGAAAACUACAAAAGGUAAAUUAAAUCUUGAUGGAAUAAAAAAGAUAUAGGUUCAGUGUUGGUGACCUGUGGCUAAGGCCCGGGGUGGGGGGACUCCCAUUUGAAACAGACGGGGAUGCUCGUCGUCUCGCUUAGGGGUGUAAAUUUUGGAUUUUGGUCUCGCUUGGGGUGUUCCGGGCAAAGCACCAAUAUUUUAAGCUGCCAAGGUCUCGUUUAGGGUUCCAUGAAGAAACACAGAAUUAUGGGAAGAGAAACAGAAGUCAAUUUUCUUUUUAACUUUGUUUGUUAUGUCUUUAUAUCAUUAAAACUCAUUGCAUGUCGUAUUUGUGUGUUUUUAAGCGGUCUCUUUUAGGGGUCAAAAUUUGCUUAAGCCACGCCCAGAUUGGUCUCCUUUAGGGGUCACAAAAAGCUUGAGCCACGCCCAGAUGGUCUCCUUUAGGGGUUAAAUUCAAAAUUUCCGAUGAGCAUCCUCGUCUGUUUCAUAUGGGAGUCCCCCCCUCCCCCCCCCCCCGGGGGCUAAGGGUGUCAAAGACACCACAAAAAUAAAGUAAUUAAUAAUACAGUUAAUCCUCUGUGUGGGACCACCCCUUAUAUAAGCGACCACCUGUUUUAAGACACCAAAAUUUUCCCAUCCAAACCCUAUUUCUGGAACCUGCUGAGUAAAUGAUGAUCUCUGAUGAGAAACUACUUUCACUUUUGGGGUAGCCUCUUUUGCAGCUGCUUGAGCCGAAGUUACUCAGUGCUUCGUGUCGCCACGUUUACUUUUGGGGGUGUUGGUUUUAUAAUAUUACUGUUUCAAACCUUUUCUAAGCUUGUCACGUAACACAUUGUCUGAUCUCUUUAUUCGCUGUGGACGUGGCUACUCAGGGCAUAUGUCACAGGUCAAAUUUGAUUUCGGAUUAAAAUUUUUCAACUUAGGUUGAUUCUUAAUUUCCUUUGUCUUCUAGGACUAGGACUAAGUAACAGAUUCCCAAUAUUGGAUAUUUUAGUGUAUCUAAAGAAUACCCACAAAAAUCCCAAAUUUGGCAAAGUGAGACAAGUCCCAAGCAGGGAAUUCCCAACCAAGUUCCCUGGUUGGGACUUGUCUCACUCUUCCAAAUUUGGGAUUUUUGUGGGUAUUCUUUAAUUACCCUGAAAUAUCCAAAAAUGGGAAUCUGUUAUUUUUUCCUGUGCAUUUGGUUUGAUGCUCAUAAGCAACCGUUUCCUGUAAGUGACCACCACUAAUUACCACCACUCAAACUGCGAUUUUGGCUGGGUGCUUUUAAGUGUAACCAAAAAAUUAUUUGAUAUGUAAUGUAGAAAUUCUGUUACUUUUGUAAUAGACAUAGAAAUGAUUAUAGAAAAGUACACAGCAAAAAAGACAACCGGGCCAGGACCGUCAGCUCCAGCAGCGAAUGAUGAUGAAGAAGAUGCUGGUGAGGAACAGGAUGAUUUCGUUGAUGAAGAAGAGAGGUUUGAAAACUCAAAAAGGAAACUCAGGAUGGUGCUAUGCCAAGCAGACUUUCAAAAUCUUCCAUUGCUUCAUCCUGAUAACAGAGUUCCAGAUAUAAAGUAGGUUUUCAACUCCAGACUGAUAUUAUUUUUUUAUUAUAUAAACACCAAUGAAAUACCAAGUGAGCUUUCACACGAAAACUUGGUAUCUUCACAUGUGAAAAUAUCACCAUUGCUAUGGCUUCAUAAUAAACCACACCUUUCAGACCGAAAAACUAUUUAAGUAAAAUGGUUUGGUAUUUCAUUGGUGUUUAUAUAAUAAAUAAAACAUUACAUGGUCGCUUGGAGAUACAAAAUUUCUCUUCUCGUGUUGAAAAAAAUAUUUCACUCCUUCACUGCGCACACUUAUGAAAUAUUUUUCAACACUCGAAGAUAAAUUUUGUAUCUCUGUUCGGGCGUGUAAAAUCCUCUAUAUCUUACCUUAUUGGUCAGUACUUAAUUUUACGCGAACUUAAAUACCCACAAAUAAAGAUUCUCGUGAAAUUCAAACACAGGUAGGCAGGCAGGGAAACACUUGGGAGGGAUAAACACUAGGUGUUCUUAAUUUUUGAUAGGUGCUGUUUGAGAGUAGUUUUUUAAACAUACAAAAGUAGUGUGGGUGUUGUUUUUUCAAGGGCACACAGCAAAAGACCAAGUCAAGAACUGAUGACAUUCCUUCAUGUGCAGCUUGCUGAGGCUAUUAAUCUUCAGGACAGGUCCCUAUCAGCACAACUGCAUGAGACAAUAAGAAGCGUUAGGGAGCUGCCACCCCAUAGGUAAAUUGUGUAUGAUAAAUUAUGUAUUUGUAUGUAUUGGCCAAAUAUAUUUUUACCUUCAUUUGUUUCUGGAAUGAUAAGAAGAUGGCAAUGUUGUUAGUGAGUUUGAAAAAAAAAAUCACAUUUGCACCAGACAUAAAAUCUGACUGCAAGUAAUCCAUUCAGUUUUACAAUUCUGGUAGGUCAAGUCUGAGGCUUGCAUGUUUCACACCGUACCAAAAGUCUGUGCAUUUAGGUGAUCUGUUCACACAGACCCAUGCUAACUGUAUGAAAAUUUAUACAGCUAACCGUUCUAAAAUGAAUGCCAAAAUAGAAGUCCAGUUUGUAGCCAGUGCAGUCGAGAAUUAUUUCGACCGGCAUGGUAAGAACAGACCUGAACAACUUUGUCAUCUAAAUGUUUAAAAUAGCAAGGAUACAUUUGUUUGAAUGGGUAAUAACUCAUCGUCCAGGACUGUGUGAACGUAACUGGAGUUAACAAGCCUAGUACAAAGCCAAUGCUACAUGUACGAGGUGUCUAAAACUAAGAACCUUCUAUUUACACACAAAAGAAAACCCAUUUCCUUAUUUCAUGUACCUGUAUAGCAGGGUGGUAACUACAUGUAAUAACUCAAAUUUAGUUUUUUAUGUGUAUGUUAUCACGUCAUGACAGAUCUGUCAUUCCUUAAAACAGUUCACAAUUUUUCAGCAUUAAGUAUUCUUUUCACAGCUGUUCUAAACUGUUAGAUGCUCUGGAAGAGGAGUACAAGUCAAGGUCACCAUACCUGGCAUAUCUAAUCAAUGCCCAUCAAGGUUUAUUAGCAACCCAUUCUCACUUGGAGAGAUUAGUGGAUAGAGUGGAAAGGUAACUAUGUCUGACUCUCCUUGCUUUGUCUAGAAAAGUGGCUAGAUUUCAGAAUGUCCUGUUUUGAUAUUUCAAAACUGCGGUCCUCUUUAUCGUUUCAAAAAUCACUAGUCCUGCAAAGGGGAUGCCAUCAUGCAAGAUGUAAAUUAAAAUAAGAAUUAAAUUAGAUUAAUAACAUUAAAAAAAUGUCCUACAAUAGAUAAAACUGAUAAAAAGAAUAUCUACAACAUUGACUGUUGUUCUUUAGUGGCUAAAAUACUCAAUAUUAACAUUAAUUUCUGACUCAGAAACUCAAGUAAGAAUGAUUGAUCCUCACACUAUCGCAUUUGUCCACAGGCUAACAGAGAUAAUGUGUAACUUCUACGGUCAUGUGACUGUUGGCCCAGGAAUUCUUGACUUUUAUUGACUUGGCAUUACACUGUAAAUAUAUUUUAUCCAGAGGAAUGAGGAAUGUGAUCGUUUGUUUUACUCAAUUAGUCUUACUUAUUUUAAGACCAAGAGCAAUAAACACCUCUAGUCAUUGGUAUUCCUCUUUGUUCUGUGUCUUUGAGAACAAAAUUUUGAUAUUUGAGAUGGCGGGAGCAACGUUUUUGUCCCGUUGGAAGUGGGCUGUAUACUCCAAAAUUGCUUUCUGGGAAUGCACACCUAACAAUAUAAUAGAAACUAUAAAACUCUUACAAGUCCUCUCUGUGGGGGUAAUGUGAUUUGGUAGGCAUGCAAAUCCAUUUCUUGUUAUCAGUAAUGGCUGUUAGAUUUCACACACCACAUUAUGCCAUAAUUUUUGUUUUUUAGAGAUAUUUCCUUAAUGUACACAUUAGAGAGUUUUAGAUCCGAGUUUACCGCAAACCUCUAACCGCUGGAGGUCACGUGACAAGUCUUUCACGUCACGUUUGAGGUUUACGACGUGCGUUUUCAACGUGGGGAGGUAGGUUUUCACGUAUGUCAUUUACCUGGAAGAUUUUAGCGUAUAAUUCUUGUUUCAUCCCACGUAAUGAUACAAAAAUCUUUUGGAGCAAGUCUUUAUCCAUUACCAGAGGCACAAAUUGGGGCGAAAUGCUAAAUUUUAAAAAUCCCAUUGGAUCUUGAAAACAAAUACCAUUCAUGGCUGCUGAUUCAAAAUGGCUGCCGUAAUUUAAUCCACCGCCAAUCUAAAUCGAAUUAUGUUUGAACGUCGAACCGCAAACGGGUAACCGCAAACCGCGGUUAGAGGUUCGCGGUAUACUCGGAUCUAAAACUCUCUAUUAAUAGCUUAUUUUUCUUUGCAAUUUGAAACGAGAAGGAACUGGAACCAAAGGGCAUCCCGCAAUGGUUUGUGGGAUGGUUACUGGGGAUACGCCAGUCAGCUAUUGGUCAAUUUUUCCCCUGCCCAUGGUAACAGUCCCAGAAGUCUUUUCGAAACUUAACUUGACCCAGUUUCCUUCUCCUUUGUUAAGUGGUGAAUGUUGUUCCUAGUUUUUUUUUUUCGUCUCCCCACCCCUGAAGGAGCAAGGGAAGAUCACUCCGGGGGGGGAGGGGGGGCGGAGAAGAGAUACCUCGAGGGAUGAGAUUGAUUCUUUUGUUCUUUCUCCAACAGGGACAAAAUAAUUUGCCGAAAUUACUUCAUUAUGACUUGUGUGAAGCUGUUUCUUGAGUCCAAAGAGAAGGGAGAGAUCAAUGCUUUCACCUCCGAUUUUCAGUCUUUACCCACGCCAGAUGAAAAGGUUUGCAAAGGAUAAUUUCAUGGAGCAUUUCAAACUUGAAUGUAGACCUGGUCUUGCUUGCCUUUUCGCAGCCAAACAUGAUAAAAAAGACAUAACAACUUAAUGAUUUCUGUGUUUUUAGUUUGUGGACAAGUACUUUCAAAUGGUUUCUAUUUAAGGGGAUUUUGCCUAUAGAAUCAAAAGGAGAAACCACUAUGUACCUCAUAGCUCUCAAAACUUUAAUUACUGCUCAGUAGCUUGUACUUGAAUGGUGGCGCUAAUAAAAAUACUGAUCUGCGGAAGUUCACAUCAGUCUUUGGCAUAAUUUUAAAACUUAACGUGUUUGUUAUUGUGAAGUGCAAUCAAAAAACCCAUUUUGUUAUUCAUUUUUUCAGUGUGAUUUGCUUGAAGAUUUCCUGGAGAAGUUAGCUGAUGAAAUGAGAAACCAUCCCAUUUGGACAGGUACAGUGUUUUUUACGCUCAUGUAGGAAGGUUGCAUACUCGUUCCUAGUCUCUCCUCAGUCAAAUUUGAUGAAGACACAUUGCAUCAAGGGAAGCCCUCAUCCAUCCCAGGGCCCUUUCCCAGGCAUUUUGAUGCUUAUUCUUUCGACACCAAUAAUCAAUCAAUGAGUACGUUUCUUAGUUUCUAGUCAACCAAUCAAAAACCAGGACAUUCAUCGACCUAAGAAUAACUAGAAAACUUGAGAUUUUUCCUGUGAAAAAGCAUAAUUCGGUGCACGCUACGCUACUCGAACAAGUUUGCAAGUAAGGUAAGUAGUACUCUUAGCUACUUGAUGCUGUAGAAACUAAGAUGCACUCCAGCUAUGCCGAGAGUCUCAGUGAUGCAAACGCUGUGCCCUUUCACGUUAUCACUAUGUGUGCCAGUGUUUAUGAAGCCUUUUUUAUGAACUUGAUCGACAGGUGCGAGUGAAGAGCAGCUGCAAGACACCUGUGUGGCAACGGAACGAGCUAUCAUGAGCAGUAUCUUCAAAUACGCAUUUUACCCAAAUGGUGAAGUAGACAUGGAAAGAGAUAGGUGAAGAAUUCUGUUGUUGAUGCAAUGAAACAGCCUUGCCUGUUUAGAGUAUCACUUUGUGUUACUGUAUUAACCCUUCCAAUCCCAAAGUGAAUGAUAGAGUCUAGUUUUUGUCUGCGAUGUAACCAUUCAAAUGAAACUUACGUCUUCAUUGGUACUUUCACUUAGUACUGCUUGAUUGUCUAGUACGUGCCUCUAGUAUUUGAGGUUGUGGCUGUGGUGUGAACUUUCAAAUGAAAUCUCUUUGGCAGCACUUUCACAUGGCAGCAUAAGUUUUCAGAAUUUUACAAAAUGAAAUUUGGAAAUUUUGUUGAAUUUUGACUUUGCGAUUUGAGCACUGAAAGGAUUUAACAAAGGGUUUAACACCAAAGAAAAGUGUCUUUGUUUCUGUACGGUCAAAGUGUCUGUUGUUUGAAAAUGUCACUAGGCCCCCAUGCAGGAGUUAAUUGUAUCAGCACUCAGUACUAAAUAAACAGCUGCGCAAGAGAAUAUUAUUACAGAGUAAACAGUAUAAACAUUUUGUCGAAAUAUCCAAGUGUUUAAUACACGAAUAGAAAAUAGCAGAAGUAAUCCUUUCUCAAGCGGUAUGGUAGGCUAAAACAGAGAUGUUGAAGACUAAGAGAGGUCGGUCGCAUCUGUAUCCCUAUUAUUGUUAUUGUCCAUUUUUAACUGUUUGUUCCUCAAAUUUCAGAACAUUUUAUGAACACGUGACCAACCUGCAAAAGAAGAUUCAUCUUAACCACAAGGCUGUGCGGGUGGCAAAGGUGUGUGUGACGGAUAUGUGACGAAAUUUCAUUUCACACUUUAGAAGACUUUCCUUCGUGCUGUCAGCAACUGAGCUCACAUUGUGGUUAGCUCCUCCUAAAAAUAAUUCUGCCGUUGGUAUACGAUUUAAUGAUGCCUAAACGAAAUUGCACUCAUUUUAGACAUCCUACUAAAGAAUCGUUAGGACAUUUAGAUAUUGCAAGAGCAACGAUCUUUUAUGAUCUGCCGCCGCCCUCCUCCUCAAAUAUAAUGAAGAAUGUAGGUAAAUACACAGGGAGUGGUUACCUAUUCUCCCGUCCCGGAGGCUGAUGUUAAAAGUGAUUGACGGUCAUCGAUUGUCGGUCAUCGUUGGUUUUAAACCCGGGGGUGAGGGGGGGGUACUUGGGUUAAUUUUUGCUGGGUAUGUGCCGCUGGCCUCUCAGAGUCCCUACCCCAUUAUAGUCUAUUCUGUGGCCGAUUAUAGACCCCCUCUUAGUCACUUUUGGACAAAUAUGUAAUUUUCGCGAUCCCAACUUAGUCACUUUCUUUUUAUGUAUAUGCCUUAUAUUGAAUGAAGAACACUCUACUUCUCACCUACAAUGCAAACAUUCUGGUACGUUUGCUAACCGUAAAUGUGAAAAACUGUCCUACACCAAAAAUCAGAAAAUGUGCGACCCCAUUCUAGUAAUUGUAUCGAAAAUGCGACCCCAUCCAGCGGCACAUCCCCAUUAGCCUCUUAUAAGGAAGUACCAUCCCCCCCCCCCGGGAUUUUAAAAGACAGGAAAAAGUUAUACCCCUUUUAUCACGUUCGUGCGAUUUUAAUCCAGCUGGAAAUUGGGAUUAUAAGUUUUUGAUGGAAGGAUAAAAACUGUUGUAUCCCAAGAAAAACCUCUCAGAGCAAGGACGAAAAUUAACAAACUCAAUCCGGACAUUGCGUUAAUUGCUUUCGAGAAAUGACCAGAGGUCACAUUAGUAGAGGUGUGGUUUGUCACUACUGCGCGACCCUUGUCCCUCACUCUGCCUGAAGGGUGAAUUCCUUUGCCCAUUCUAACAAGCAAGUCGCAAACAACUGUCUAGAAACAAGGGCCUGGCAGCCAUUUUAUUUAAAAACUUAUGACGUGAACUUGUCAAUGUUCUCAUAAGUUUCGUCGGCUUUCUAGCGGUAGGAUCGGCCUCGGUUCACUUUAUGGCGCCCAAACGCGAAACCGCGAGGUACGAAAACUCCAAACUACUUGGUACAAAAGAAGGGAACUUAAAGCCCCACUUGCAGCAAUCAGCCGAAUGUCUUGAACUUUGUUGGCUGAGAUUCGCUGAAACUAAGAAUCGCUAAACGUAAAUAAAUCAAAAGCUAAGUGUAUGAGGGAAGUGAUGACCGAGACUGAAUCAAUUCUUACCCUCGCCCGGACCCCUUCUUCUGGUCCGUGCAGGCAAAAUGCUGCCUCAUACCAAGGGGGUUUUUGGGAUUUUCGUCUGUAGUCGCAGCUCAAAGGAAUGGGCCUUCCCACGCGCCUUUGCGCUUUUUAAUCUUCCCGAUGCAUACCUGAAAUUCCCAUGACCGCUUGUGCCGCAACUACCAUAGGAAAAAUCAAGGAUGUCUUGGUACGAGGGGGGCAACAUGGCUAUAUCUGCCGAAUCCGCGAUGCUAACUGUUUGAAAUGCCAUUAAUUCUUUCCAAUUGUGUGUUUGGUUUUUUUUGUGCUGCUGUUAGAUGUACCGGAAAGAGGCGCCUUGGGAAUCUGCUCAGAAGGAGUUACUCAAGAUUAAUGCCUACAAGGUAACUACUAGUACCGAAUUCUGGCGAAAUAAAUAAUCGUUGCCUGUCAAUGGUGGGCAUUACUUUUAACUGCCGUAAAUGCAGUGUCAUUAAAUAUGAUUAUUAUUGAUUCAAAAUAUUUCCCCAAUUCGGUUUGGCUAAAAGCACACGCAUAAUUCACCAUAAUCAGUUACUGAUGACCAAAUUUGGAAGAAUUUUGUGUUUACCGAGGAAGUGACGUCAAAAAUGCGCCUUCUACAGGUUAAGGCACCGUUACCGAGAAUACUUGGGGACGAAGUUGAGUUGUUUUGGUCGUGAAAAAAAAUGGCGGACAUCUCACUCGUUUCAAGAGUAAGAACUACAGCUAACACCCUCCUUGAUCUGCUUAAUUCUCCAUAUCCUACUCACCCCCUUUCAUUAAUUGCUAAAUAAAUCACAAAACCAGGAGAUUUACUCAAAAUGACGAAAAGAAUUUUCGUUUUCUUUUGUCUUUCCGUUUAGACGCCUACUGACAAACUGAAGUGCGUCAAUCGAUGCUGCGCCACUAUUAUGAACCUCCUGUGUAUGGCGAGUGAGACGAGCGUACCUGGGGCUGACGAAUUUGUUCCAGCACUGGUUUAUGUAGUGAUCCACGCCAAUCCACCUGGUCUUCUCUCCACGGUGCAGUAUGUAACUAACUUUUACGAAGAACAGCUUAGUGGCGAAGAGGCCUACUAUUGGAUGCAGUUUUGUGCCGCCAUUGCCUUCAUCAAAACUUUGAGAUAAAAAAAAGAAGGAUUCUCUACAAAUAUCGCCACUUGUGCGAAAGGUUAUUAAAAGCCCUCAAGAAGGUUGAUUUGACCAUGCCUUCGUGGAUUUCCUAGGGCUUAGCCCUGUUUCAAGUCCUCUACAGCGAAGAAAUGGAUCUUUCAAGUUUGACUUUGACAAAUAACCAAUCAGAUAAUAAAGCCAAUGCACGUGACAUUUCUCGACCAAUGAGGAUUUGACGUGAUUUAAACUUUUGCUGAGGAUUAGAAGUUUGAAAGCCAUGGAUCAAGCCAUGUGGACGAAAGUCUUUUAAAGUGCGUCUUUUAAAGUAGAUAUUAAUUCGUUUUUGUAUGUAGUUAAUUUGUCAGACGUUUAAUAUAAUCUUCAAGAUGGUGGGUCAUUGUUAGAUUCUCACUAAAGACCUUUUAAGUACUUAGAAGUUGAGUUUAACUAAGAAACAUAACUUUGGGGGAUACGUUUUCUAUGUUUUCUAAACGAGCUAUUGUAUUGUGUGCUUGUCAUUGGGUUUCCGGUUUGGUGCCGGUCUGCUGUAGACUUACAUCACACGUGACGUCACAUCACAGGUGACGUCAGUAAAUGAAAUGGAAACGCUACCCUAUUCCCAUUAACCAAUUUUUACAUUUCCCAUAGUACACCUCGUUUUCCCCCAAAAUUUUGCAUAGACGUUGUCUUCAAUUUCUCUUGGGACAACUGGAAAUACCCAAGAGAAAUUUUACA